GCAGCAGCAGCAGCAGGCAGAGACAGGGAGAGAGCUGGACGGUAGCGCAAGGGAGGCAGCAUCAUGGCGGACAGAGACAGUGGCAGUGACCACGGAGGGCCCGCCGCGGGCCCCGGCUCGCUGCCCCAGGGGGCAGGGGGGCCCAGCAUGGGCGCCGUGUCCCGGCUGCAGCACGACACCGAGGAGCUGGCCUCGAAGCGCAUCGACAUCCAGAACAAGCGCUUCUACCUCGACGUGAAGCAGAACGUGAAGGGCCGCUUCCUGAAGAUAGCCGAGGUCGGGGCCGGCGGCAACAAGAGCCGCCUGACUCUGUCCAUGUCCGUGGCCGUGGAGUUCCGAGACUACCUGGGCGACUUCAUCGAGCACUACGCGCAGCUGGGGCCCUCCAACCCGGACACGGUGCAGGACGAGCCGCGGCGGGCGCUCAAGAGCGAGUUCCUGGUGCGGGAGAAUCGGAAGUACUACAUGGACCUGAAGGAGAACCAGCGGGGCCGGUUCCUGCGGGUCCGGCAGACCGUGAACCGGGGGCCCGGCCUGGGCUCCUCGGCGCAGGGCCAGACCAUCGCCCUGCCGGCGCAGGGGCUGAUCGAGUUCCGCGACGCCCUGGCCAAGCUGAUCGACGACUACGGCGUGGACGAGGAGCCGGCCGAGCUGCCCGAGGGCACCUCGCUCACCGUCGACAACAAGCGCUUCUUCUUCGACGUGGGCUCCAACAAGUACGGCGUGUUCAUGCGGGUGAGCGAGGUGAAGCCGACCUACCGGAACUCCAUCACCGUGCCCUGCAAAGUGUGGUCCAAGUUCGGCAACACCUUCUGUAAAUACGCCGAGGAGAUGCGCAAGAUCCAGGAGAGGAGUAGAGAGAAGCGGGCCUCCGAGCUGCUGCUGCAGCAGCCCGAGGGCCCGCACGGCGCCGGCCCCGGCCCCGAGGACGCGGAGGACGACUGACCUGACCCGGGGGAGGGGGGUUGAGGAGACGCCGGUGGUGGGGUAAAAAGUGAUUGCCAUGGCUGCCACAAUCUGAUUUCUUCUGAUUUCUGGCCGCGGGAGCGCGCACAGCAGCCCGUUGAGAGAGAGCACUAAAACGUCAGAUUUUCAGAUUAUGAAGCUCAAGAAUGAGAUCAAAUCAUAUUUAGGCAGAAACAACUUUCAUUAACUGUAUUUGGCCUUCAAUCCAUUUUUGGCAGGUGAAAAUCCAUUUUUUCUGUUGUAAUGGUCCUUAAAAAGAGUUAAAAGCAAUCCUGUGAGCUCUAGUAUUUAUAUUAUGAAGCUCAAGAAUGAGAUCAAAUCAUAUUUAGGCAGAAACAACUUUUCAUUAACUGUAUUUGGCCUUCAAUUAAUUUUUGGCAGGUGAAAAUGCCUAUUUUGUGUUGUAAUGGUCCUUUAAAAGAGUUAAAAGCAAUCAUGUGAGCUCUAUAAUAAUAUAAACACUAGUGUUUAUAUUAUGAAGCUCAAGAAUGAGAUCAAAUCAUAUUUAGGCAGAAACAACCUUUCAUUAACUGUAUUUGGCCUUCAAUCAAUUUUUGGCAGGUGAAAAUGCCUAUUUUGUGUUGUAAUGGUCCUUUAAAAGAGUUAAAAGCAAUCCUGUGAGCUCUAGUGUUUAUAUUAUGAAGCUCAGGAAUGAGAUCAAAUCAUAUUUAGGUAGAAACAACCUUUCAUUAACUGUAUUUGGCCUUCGAUCAAUUUCUGGCAGGUAAAAAGACCCAUUUUCAGGGGAGAAAUCAGAUUCUGGCAGGCAAUCACUUUUUGGCACAACACCGGCGUGGAAACAACCAAGAAAAAAACUGAGCUUAUAGGAGAGAAGACGAGACUUUUAACUGUAAAAUAGAGAGAGAAUUUCCAAGGGAAUCACUCCACACACAUCACUUCCACAGACAUGGCAGCAGCUCUGCUGUCUCCUCGCUCAUUGUACUGGAUGUCACCCCACUUACCACCCAUGUAACAGUAAGCCGCUGCUAUCAAGAAUUGAACUGUAAGAUAUGAACUCUUUCCUACUUGACUUAAAUGACAAUGAACAGAGUGUUUAUAUCUCUAUCAAUGACAGAUUUUGCACACAUCAGAGCUAUUUCGAGAAAAAAAAAAUAAUGUUUAAUCGUUUUCAAAGUGGUUAAUAUACCAAGAUUUAAUCCAAGUCAAACCAGAGGUCUAUUAUAUAAGAUGACAGUCUUCAUGUAGAGUGAAUAUUUGACAUCAGCACAAGGAGAACAAUACCUAUGAUGAACUUUAUGAAAACCAAAAUCUGAUACCAGAUGUAUAGUUUACUAUAAAGGUACGAAGAAUUAAUAAGAAUCUGAAGAACGCCGCACUACAGGCCCGUAAACACCUGUCAAUAAGCUUGUGGGCUCAUGGUUUAAAAAUACGUUGGCAAAGUAGACAAUAGUUUUUAAAUUUGAACAAAAUAAAUAAUAAUGGUCAGCCAAUGACAGCAUUUCUAUCAUGCCAUCGUGAACAGUUGAGACACGACUAAAUAGUCUACUUUGUGCGCCUCAAACAAAUGGGAUAAAACUAUGUCGGAGCUACUCUAUAGAAUACCAACCCUCUUGCACCAUGUCCAUGUAAACUUAAAUGAAAAAAGUGCUAACUUAGAUGUACUAAUUAUGAUUUUGUGAAUCAGCUGUAAAGAAAUCCUUAUUAAGAUACCCACGUUUUCUGUGGGUUAAUUUUUUUUCUUUGUUACUUUGUUGUUUUCUUUCCUCUGGGAGGGUGGGGGAUGCAAAAAGCUUAAGAUCCACUUGUGGGGGGAACGCAAAGCGUAGAAACAAACAAACAAACAAAAAAAAAAAGACAAAAAAAAAAAAAGAAGAAGCGACAGCUCGCGGCGAGGCAACGCAUCCUCUCUGACAUCAUUACGACCCGUGCCUUAUACACUCCACUCGUUUACGUGUUCUCACAUGGAUGGUCUGUGACCUCGACCGCUGUACGUUUUCAUUUACGAGUGCUGUUUUGUAGGCAGAAUUAUAUCCUGGUGGGGCUGUGGGUUCUCCCUACCCCUGCAGUGCAUGGAGCAUGCGUGGCAACACCGAAAGGAGAGGCUGAGAGAGGCCGGCGGUGGUUUUGGUCGGGGGAGUCGGGGCUCCCCGUGUUUGAGCUCAGCAUCCCUGGCAGCAGCCCCGGCUGGGCGGCCUGCGACGGGAGAGGGAUGUGUCUCCAGAGCAGUGAAGGGCCAGCGCUGACUGGUGCCUGGAAAUCAAACUGGAGAUCUGACGGGUUGCUUUGCACAUGGUAUGCACCCUGAUGUUGAAAAAAGAAAAGAAGUGAUGGCUAGAACGGCUGGAUGAGGCUGUUGGUCAGAGCGUAGACGGAUGCUGUUAAAGAGCCAGACUGUCAGCCGGUCGGGUCGGGCCAGCCGGCCCAUCCCAUGCAGUCAGUCUGAGUGCAGCCCAGUGGAUGUAGAGGCCUGUUGGUGCAGGGCCCAGGCAGUGUCUAUCUUUUCAUGGUGCUACAGCCCCUUGAUCAUCCCCGGGGGUGCCUCGCCGCUCGAAAUAUGUCACUUUUGCAUUACUGUUAUUCUGAUGCUCUUUCUGUUCUUCAGAGUUCGUUUCUCCACUUUAUGUCGUCCCUAAACGUGUCGGGUUUCUUCCUUGCAGCAAGAGACGAAGCCACCGACUGGUGUAGGACAUUUCAUAUUAGUGUGCAAUAUUGUGUACGUGCCAAUCGUGGCAUUGUAUCGCAUGUACAGACUAUUAUAAGAGGAAAAAAAAAAUGUACCGGCUAUGUGAUCAAUACAUAUUUGAAAGCAUGAUGACGAUGAGGUUAAUACAUCUGCAUUAUAUUUCCGAAAUGUGAAAAGUAAGAAACAGUAAACCUGGUAGUGAGUUUUUUUUGUUUUCUCUGUCACAUCUUUUUAAACCAGUCGGCUGCCUUGUCUGUCUGUCAGUGUGUAUAGACUAGUUUGGGUGUUUUAUGGCCCCCCCUACUGAAUCACAGAAGAGAAAAACACAAUACCCCCCCCCCCCCCCCCCUCAUUCCUGUUCAUACACACACAACACAGAAACCAAACAACUCCUGACUGUCUCUGCAGUGGUCGACGCUGAAGGUUAAUAGUAUCUUGGGGCUUGAGUCCGGGGGUGGCUGGCACACACACACACACACACACACACACUCCCCCUUGCUGAGGCCUCUUGCUAUCUGAGAGCUGGGGAGGCCUCUACACCAUUUUGAAUGGUGUUUAGACUGCGUGAGGCCUCCUGCGAUGAGAAGCAAGGACGUUUGUUGCUGGAGCCCGAGUGUGACGGCUCUCACGCCAGACUGUGUUGAUCGCAGGGCAGGUGAACUUCAACCUGACUUUAGCUUUUCUGCACUUGUGCUUGAGCUGGGCGACAGUGAUCGGCCGCAGCGAAACCCCAAGAACAGAGGAGUUCUGUUGUUUUUACAAUGAGGGUCACAGUCCUUCUGUGUGAUGUGGGCAGACUCUGCUCUCAGAUGUGCUUCACUUUCCCAGCCUGGACUCAGAAAGCGUUUUAAGAAAGGUCCCCGGCUCUUUUGUGGUUCAAAAGUUCAAAUUUCUGACCCGUCUUUUAUUCUUAUCAGACUGUGCUGGGGUUUUUCUCAAGAACCACUUGUGCGUUGAGUGUUGCAGAAAUGAAUCAGGUUCAUAAGAGGCCAGUUUUACCACAGUAGCUAGUCAGACUGGUCCACCUGUGCUACAUGUGUAUCAGAGGUACUGACUUUAAACAAGCUGAUCUGUGUUUGAUUGGUCAUGUUUCUGGCAACAAAGUCGAGAAAUAUGUUCCAGGAAAUCCCAUCUGCUCUACACGGGACUUUCUGAUUCGUGUUUGUCUCAGAAAAGAAAGUGAAAGGCCCAACAAAGCCUGGCACUGCACUGUAGGGGGCUUACCAGCCAGUAGCCUGACGGGACCCUCUGACUCAGCUGUUAUUGGAGAAGAACAGGAAAUCUCUUUACCGUCUUUGCAGAGGUAGCCGCAUGUCCUCACGCUGCCCUGUGAAUUAUAAAGAGCUUCCUAUCAGCUGAAAAAGCCAGAUAACGUCGACAUCCCCCAUAAAGCACGUCUGGGAGCAGUCUGAGCCGGACUCCGUUGUGAUGCAGCACAUAUUCAGCUUGAUUGAAUUAGUAAUUAAGCGAGUCUCAUGCAACAAAAAGUCUCAAACCACACUUUCUCUCUCUUCUCUUCCUUCAGUAGGAGAGCCUGAACCUGCUUAUAGUUUAUUUUGUGAGCUCUUCACUAUGAAACGCCCUUUUUUUUUUUCCUCAAAGACUGAAGUCUUUUUCUUUUUUUUUUUCUCGGUCCAGACUGCAAACGACAUUGCUGCUGGUUGUGUGAUUGUGCAGAGGGAUUCUGUUGAGAGACACGACUCGUCCUUUCGUGGGUCGGGGCCCCGUCUGGGUUACACAGGAAUGGCGGCGCGUGUGAUUUCUGCUGAAAACAAUGUGAUCCGAUCACAUUUCUCAUUUAAUGACGGCUCAACCAGGUUCCCCCACAAAACCCUGGCGUGACCUUGCAGCCCGGUCGAGCCCACACUGCACAGUCACCUAUUUCUGGGACUGACAAUGGAGGGCGGAUGUUUUACGCCCCGCUUUGUGUAACGUGUCAGUGGCCUGACAGUGUGCUCUCCACACCGGCUCUGCCCACAUUCAGUGUGCACGAGUGGCAGAGCACUGAAUCGGUUAGCAUUGAGCAGAAUGAUGAUUGUUUAUACAAGGGGAGCCAUCAUAGCAAUCUUUUAAUAUAAUGUUGCCCUGCCCUUGUCUGUUACAGCUUUAGUGUUUAUUUGCCAAAUCGCAUUCCAAGCGCAUAUAUUUGUUGCAAAAAUUGGUGUUAACUCCAUUAUUCUUCAUAAUCAUUGAGUGAUGGAAACAAAAGAAAUAUAUUUAAUUUGCAGAUAUUACUCAACAAAGUACUCGUUGGCUGUUUCUCCGAUUGCUACAAUGGCUCCAGCUGCAGCUGUGUCGUCCAGCGGUUCCUCGUCCUGGCGUGCACGUGUCGGUAAACUCCUAAAACGGAUCAGACUUCCACGAAGGAGUUUCAAACAACCAAAUGGGCUCGUUUCCUGGUUUCUGUGUUGUGGUGUUUUCAUUGGCCGUUCAGAGUUCCUGGUUAAUCACACAGCCAAUCGCAGCCUCUGGUCAAAGCCAAGCACUAUGUGACUCAUCACAAGCCACCAACAGAGAAGCGUCUUCUGUUUGCACGUGCACCGUGCAGUAGGGUCCAUCGUAUUUCCAGACUGUAUAGGCUACUGUUGUGUAUAGUUAUAAAAAUGUUCUUUUAAUUGUUCUAACGAUGUUGGGAAACAAGAUACUGGAUUUUAAGGGGCGGGGUCAAUGCACAAUGAACAUAUCCCAUGUCACCAUUUGGUCUCCAUCCCUUUACCAUCCCCAUAUGAGAUAAUAUGUUGUAUCUUUCAAAAAUAUUUUAUCUGUGGCGUGUGUGUAUGAGUGUGUGUGUGUGUAUAAAUAUAUACAUAUAUGGUUUGUUAUAUAUGAUGCUCAUCCUUUCAGAAAAAUAUAACAUAUAAACAGGAAAAACAUAUUGCUGUUUUUUUCCUUUGUAUUUUAUACUUAAAGCAUUGAAUAAAAACAGAUACUUGCACUUUAGAUAUAUUAAGAAAAAUAAAAAUCUGCAUAUUAUUUUUGAUAGGGAUCUCACAUUUAAAGAUGAUAAAUUACAGGCUUUGUGACUAUUGCUGGACAGAGAUGUAUUGAGUUGUACUUAAUGAAGUAUAUUUUGUCUGUGUGUCACAAGGUUUACUAAAGUAAAUUGCAUGAAAAAGUAGUGCUAUACCAAUAUUGUUAUUUUUUAUUUGUUUUUGUUUUGUUUCUUUAGUUGGUAAAAAUGUCUAAAAACUGUGAUAACAACCCUCUUGUAUCAUGUUUAACUUCUUCCCUGUCCCCAAAUAUUUCUUACUGAAAUAUGGCCUUUCCUGACUACAUGACAAUGGUGCUUACUUUGGCUUUGACAUCGAGCUCAUCCCAUUCAUCUCAGCAUCAUCAUAACUUGCAUUGUUACUCUCCAUUACUUUCCGUUAUGUACCUUCACUACCUUAUUAAAUUUCCGUUGAUGGCAAAAAAAAAGAACAAAAAAAGAAUGGUGUGCUCUUUUGUACAUUGCUGUUUGUUUUAAUGUUUGGGGAGCCUUGUUGUCUGAAAAAUGACUGAUCGCUCAAUAAAAUGUCAUUCC